GGUGGGAAUCUCCUAAUGAUCUUUAGUUAUUUUUAUCCGUGCCCAGUGCUCAGUGCUCCGGGGCACAGGAGCCACUCUGAGAUCUCCUGGGGAGUGCACGGAGCUGCCAGGAGCUGGCCAGGGAGGAGGAACAGAAAAGAAAGCACAAAAAAGGGAAGGUGACAUAGCAAGACAGCACUAACAUCAGAGGAAGGCCCAGGACAGCGAGAAGAAAAAGAACAAAGGACUUUGGCAAGGUUUUUCUUCUUUUCCCUCUGUUUUUAAUCUUGCUCUCGGGAGGAAAAUGGGGCAGCAGUUCACCAAUGCUGAAGGGGAGCAAGGAGAGAUUGAUGUUGCAGAGCUGCAGGAAUGGUACAAGAAGUUUGUGGUGGAAUGUCCCAGUGGGACCCUCUUCAUGCACGAGUUCAAGCGGUUCUUCGGGGUCCAGGACAACCAGGAGGCAGCAGAGUAUGUGGAGAACAUGUUCAGGGCUUUUGACAAGAAUGGGGAUAACACCAUCGAUUUCCUGGAGUAUGUGGCUGCCCUGAAUCUGGUUUUGAGGGGGAAGCUGGAGCACAAGCUGAGGUGGACGUUCAAAGUGUAUGACAAGGAUGGCAACGGCUGCAUCGACAAACCUGAGCUGCUGGAAAUCGUUGAGUCCAUCUACAGGCUGAAGAAGGUGUGCUGGUCGGACGUGGAGGACAGGACCCCGCUGCUGACCCCAGAGGAGGUGGUGGACAGGAUAUUUCAGCUGGUGGAUGAGAACGGCGAUGGGCAGCUGUCCCUGGACGAGUUCAUUGACGGAGCCAGGAAGGACAAGUGGGUGAUGAAGAUGUUGCAAAUGGAUGUGAACCCCGGGGGAUGGAUCACGGAGCAGAGGAGAAAGAGUGCUUUGUUCUGAGGGAAUUCGGCUCGGGCACGGCCCAAUGGUGAUGCUGAGUCCCAGGUGUGACCCUUCCCCUAGCUGGUAAUGACUUUCCUUUUUAAUUCCAUCUCAGCAUCCAGAUGCAAACCCGAGUGGUGUAAGGAGCCGUCUCUGAUGUAAAACCCACGUGCUGAGCACUGCUGGUA